AUGUGGGAGUGGAUCGCCAGCCCAGAAAGCGGUCUCCGAGCCCAAGGGAAAGAUCGCCGGGCUGUCCCUCGCUGGGCUCGGGGGUCCACAUCGUCGGUGGUGUCAGAAGGGCCACGCUGGGCUGCGACUGGCUACCAGCCGGAUCGAGAAGCGUCCCGAGGAGCUUAUCCCGGAUGGUGGGUUGAGGGGAACAAGGACACCAGACCCAAUGUUUGUUCCGCAGGAGAACUGGGCGGUCCAUUGUACAUGGGGCUAACCGAUCGCAUCUUGUACCUCGUUGCGAUGAAACUAGUCGAGCCAAUCGUGCUGCUCGCCUCUCUUUCCCCCCCUCCCCUCGGUCCCCCGGGAUGGAGCAGACGGAAAUCCACUAUGUCGGUGCUGGAUUCUCUGGGGAAGGCGAACGAGAAGCCAGACGCCAGGACGAGUAAAAGGCGGGAGGAAUCAGGCCCCAGAAUGACGGGCACCUCGGCUCGAUUCCAGUUGGGUGGCCUCUGA